GAUCCUUCCGAGACUGGUCAUGGCCUGGCUGCUCCAAUGUGCCCUGGCUUUCGUCUUCCUUCGCCCAGCGACGGGGGCCAUGGAUGCCUGCUACGACUCCCACGGCCGUGCCCAGCGCUGCAUGCCCCCCUUUGAGAACGCAGCCUUCGGCCGGCAGGUUCAGGCGUCGAACACGUGUGGCUCGCCCCCAGAAACCUACUGCUUGCAGUUGGGCACGCGGGAUUCCAGCACUCCGUGCCACCGCUGCAAUGCGGCCGACCCUUUGCUGCACCACGACGCCUCCUACCUGACCGACUUCCACAGCCAGGAGGAGCCGACCUGGUGGCAGAGUCAGUCUAUGGCUUUCGGGGUGCAGUAUCCCACCUCUGUCAACAUUACUCUGCACUUGGGGAAGUCUUACGAAAUCACCUACGUGAGGUUGAAAUUCCACACCAGCCGCCCCGAGAGUUUUGCCAUUUACAAGCGUAACUGGGCUGAGGGUCCGUGGAGUCCGUAUCAGUUCUACAGCGCCUCUUGCAGGAAGACCUACGGAAAGCCGGAACGGCAAUUUUUGAGAUCUGGAGAACAUGAGCAAGUAGCCUUCUGCACCGAUGAGUUCAGUGACAUCUCCCCUCUGAGCGGUGGAAACGUGGCUUUCUCCACCCUAGAAGGCCGGCCGAGCGCUUACAGUUUUGACCAGAGUCCCCUUCUCCAGGAAUGGGUGACGUGUACUGAUCUGCUGAUUUCUUUGGACCGCCUUAACACCUUCGGGGAUGACAUCUUUAAAGAUCCGAAAGUGCUUCAGUCUUACUACUACGCCAUCUCAGAUUUCUCCGUCGGGGGGAGAUGCAAGUGCAAUGGCCAUGCCAGCGAAUGCAUCCCUAACGAAGACGACCAGCUGGUUUGCCUUUGCCAACACAAUACAACCGGCGUGGACUGCGACUCGUGCCAGCCGUUCUAUCAGGACCGCCCCUGGGCUCGGGGCACGACGGAGUCGGCCAACGAAUGCCUUCCAUGCAACUGCAGCGGUCGAUCGGAGGAAUGCUAUUAUGACUGGGAACUGUACCGGCGCACCGGGCACGGUGGCCAUUGCGUGAAUUGCCGGGAUCACACCGCUGGACCACACUGUGAACAUUGUCGGCCCAAUUUUUAUCGUUGGGAGGUUCAGAUGGCCUGUCAGCCCUGCAACUGCAACCAAGCAGGUUCUUUGAAUCCCCAGUGCGAUGAGGCCGGGAAGUGCGAGUGCAAGGCGACAGUGACAGGCUGGAAGUGUGAGCGAUGCCAGGAAGGGUUCCAUUCCCUGAGUGAAGGCGGGUGCAGGCCUUGUGCUUGCGACUCAGCGGGAAGCGUGGGGACGUGUGACCCGAAUUCAGGGCAUUGCAAGUGCAAGAAGAAAGUGGAAGGCUACCUGUGCAACAGGUGUCAGCCCGGAAGUUUUAACCUACAACCUCACAACCCAGAGGGAUGUACAAGCUGUUUCUGUUAUGGACAUUCCACUGUAUGCACAACGGCCCCAGGAUAUGAAGCCUAUGACAUCGUCUCUGACUUCAGACAAGGGUUUGAUGGCUGGAGAGCAGAAAACCCAGAUGGGCGACAGGUUUUACUGCAUUGGGACAGAGAAGUCAUCACCGUAGAGCAAAACGAGCAGGAAGUGACUGGCUUUUCGGCACCAGAGAAAUUCCUGGGCGAUCAGCGUUUUAGCUACGGCCAACUGCUCUCGAUGGUUCUUCACUUCGAGGACAACGCGACGGGCGCUGCUUCUCCUGCCAUCCAGUUGGUUUUGGAAGGGAAUGGCAUCUUUUUAUCAGCAAGACACGAGAACCCGGAAGCUGGGGAGAACGAAAUCCCGUGUAAAGAACGGAUCGCGUCCUUCAGGUUGCACGAGGCGGAAGACGCGAUGAGUUCGGCUUUGUCGGCGUUCCAGUUCCAGCGGAUGCUUUCCAACCUGACGAAGCUCCAGAUCCAAGUCAGAAGUAAACCCAGAUCGGGCAGAAUUGCUCUGAAGGAAGUUCGCCUCGCCUCUGCGCGUCCGGGGGUCUCCCCACGGGCUUCGGGGGUUGAAGAAUGCACCUGCCCCCAAGGAUACCAAGGCCAAUUUUGUGAAUUUUGCACACCGGGUUACAAACGGGAGAUCACUGGGGGGGGACCGUUUGCAGGCUGCGUGCCUUGUACCUGCAACCAGCACGGCAGCUGUGAUCCCAACACGGGCAUCUGCCAAUGUCUUCACAACACUGAAGGACCUGCUUGUGAGCGAUGCGCUGUUGGGUUCUACGGCAACCCUUUCGUCGGCCGUCCUGACGACUGCCAACCUUGCCCUUGUCCAGGACGAACGCCUUGCACAACCAUCCUGGACAGCGGAGAGGUGGUCUGCACACACUGUCCCCCGGGACAGAGAGGGCGGCUCUGUGAAUUGUGCGAUGAUGGCUUUUUUGGGGAUCCUCUGGGAAGAAACGGAUCUGUGCGCCCUUGCGGUAGCUGUGAUUGCAGGGGCAACGUGGACCCCAACGCAGUGGGCAACUGCGACACAUCCACAGGCCAGUGUCUGCGCUGCUUGUACAACACUGCGGGGGAACAUUGUGAGAGGUGCCGGGACGGCUUCUUCGGAAAUCCUUUGGCGGCUAACCCAGCCAUCAAAUGCGCACCCUGCAACUGUAAUCCUGGAGGCUCUGCCCACGGACCAGAAGCUUGUGACCCUGUUUCUGGCCAGUGUCACUGCCUUCCCAAUGUCGCUGGACGGGGCUGCACCCAGUGCCUUGAAGGCUAUUUUGAUCUACAGCCAGGAUUGGGGUGCAGAAGUUGUCAAUGCCACCCAGUGGGAGCCCAGAAGAACACUUGCCACCCCAUCACAGGGCAAUGCGUCUGCCAUCCUGGCGUGGCAGGACUGUCAUGCAAUCAGUGCCAGGCUGGGUUCUUUGGCUUCUCUUCCCAAGGCUGCCAAGCCUGCAACUGUUCCCAGAUUGGUUCGGUCUCCCUCCAGUGCCAUGAUAACAGCACAUGUGUGUGCAAGAAGGGCUUUGUGGGUUACAAGUGUGACCAGUGUGAUGUGAACUACUUCUUGGACCCAGGAAGUAAGCAAUGCCAAGAGUGUCCUCUCUGCUACAGCCUUGUGAAAGAGGAGACAGAUAGAUUGAAGGACAAGCUGGCAAAAAUGGAAGCGUGGUUGCAGAAGCCCAACUGUGACAGAUCAAAAGCAGAUUAUUAUCAUGUUAUGCUUGGGGAGACCCCGCGUGGAGACCACCUCCACCAUCAGUUCCUGUUGAAAGGUGUGAAAGUUACUUUCUUGGAGAAGAUGACUGAGCUGAAGGACUUGGUGGGUGAUGCCUACAGUCGGCUCUGGAACGCCAGCAGCAGCAUCGGUUGCGACGGUCACCGGGCUACCAAAAUGUGUGGGCUCCUUUCUGACAUUUGUUCCACCCUGCAGUCCACCCAUCAGGAGAUCCAGAUGGCCAGUGAGAUCCUGGAGACCACGGAAUUUUCUUCUGGGAUUUCCUAUCGGUCUACAAAUUGGAGCCGCCAUGCACUCGAAUCCAGCACAUUGGCCCGUGGCCAUGCUGAAAUGGCAUCCUCGGUGGAAGACGUUGCCAGAAGGGCUGGGCUGGCGUCCCAAUCGAGUUUCCGUCUUCUGCAGAAUGUCGCAGACGGGAGCGAGAUGCGGGAGUUCAGGCGAGAGAUGGCCGAGAGAGGCGAGAAAAUUCGGAGGAUUCAGGAAGAGCUUGUCUUGCAAAUGGAAGAGGCGGGGGACGUGGUUUCAGCCCAUCAGAGCAACGCGGCCCUGGUGCAGACGGCUACUUUGGAGCUGCGCCCUCUGGUGGAGCAAGCUGGAACUCUCGUGCAAACGGCGGAGGAAGUUAAACAACUGGUUGGGGCGAAACACAGGCUGAUGACCAACAGGUCCUUGGCUAUACAAGUUGAGCUACGGGAAGAGCUGCAGAGGGUGCAGCCGCUGGAAGAGUUAUGGCGAAGAACGAACGAUGCCCGCGCGCUGGCAAAAUCUUCCCUCGCCAACGGAGAGGCGGCGGUUUCCGAAGCGAAGGCCUUGGUGACCACGCUGGACGGAAUGAAGAACCGGGCUGCACGUCUGAAAGGCCGCACCGUUGUAAAGAGGAAAAGGGUGGCAGUGCGGGACAGGGCAAUUGUGGAGGCUCAGAGGAAGAUCAGACAGGCCCAGAGAGCCUUGAGCAAUUCUGGACCCAUUUCUGCAAAGGCCCUCAAAACCGCCAGCGAUGGGGAAUCCGUCUCCAAGAAAAAUGCUGAGGCAGCCGAGGACAUGCUAAGGAGCGCAAAGCAGAAGAGGAAGCAGGCUGGCAAAGUUUCCGCCCAGGUUGCUCUGACCAUGGCAGAACUCUCCAGACAGGAAGACAGGGCCAAAGAACUGGGGAUCCAGCUUGGGAAACCUGAGGAGGUCGUGGUGGAGAUGAACAGUCUUGGCAAGGACCUCCGAGAGGCCCAGCGCUCCCUGGAGAUGGACAUUAGAGCGCUCAACCACCUGCUCUCCAGUCUAGGAAACCUCGAUCAGCCCGUGGCUGCGCUCCGUGCCAGCCAGGUCCAGCUGGCAAGCUUGCAGCUGCGCCUGGCGGGGCCGGGUGCCCUGAAUGAGACGCUGGGCAUCUUGGAGCAGGAAGCCGAGCAGCAGCGGGAGAGGCUGGAGGCCUUCGAGCAAGACCUGGAGGAGAUCCGAAGCGACAAGGAGAACCUACAGGCCAUUCUUCAGAGCUUGCCCAGCGGCUGUUAGAGCUGAAAGGAGGCUGGAAGAGCCUGGUGGCUGAGAAAUUGCCAUAGAGUGAAGACUGGUGCGGAUGGAUUAAAUAUAGACAUUUUUUAAAGGAAAUGCUUCCAGAAUGCUAUUGGUAAAAGAGUCAAAAGCAGGCAGAUUGAGUCAUCUUUAUUAGGGACCGAGAAUAGCUUUGGGCAUCAUUGGUCGUUCUGUGCUGCCCAACCGACCUUGACCAUAAAACCCUGAGCUGGCAACCCCAAACUCCUUGCUGCCAUGGGGACUAGAAACCUGAAACAGCCAUUGACAAGUCAAGAGUCUUGGAAAACUGAGCGCUAUGCUUCUCAGUCCAGGGGUUUUGGAGCCUAGUGGCUUCCAAGGUAUUGCCAGAGAUUGGGACCCUACUGCAGAAAAAUGAAAAUCAGGAUCAGCAGUAAAUUAGGCGCGGGAAUAUACCACUUGCUUGCGACAGAUUCCAGUUCUUCUGCUUCAGAAGUUUGAGAAGUGGUUUUUAAAAAAUUCUCACUCUUUUUAAGGCAAGCUAAAAAAAACCCAAAAAAGCAAUGUCUCUUAGCUGUGAAAUUGACCAGACCAGCGAUGGUAAAAUUGACCAGACCCACGAUGGUGAAACUGACCAGGCCAGCGGUUGUGAAACUGACACCAGAGCCCUUGAUGCAAAAGCCGACGUUCUCCCAUCCCUUGUCCUGCAAAUAGAGCCUUUGCCAACCGCGAUCCCAGCCUGUGAUGCUCUGCGAUGCAAACUCUGUCAUGCUUCUCUUCCCACCGAAUUUGGAUCCGGCAAAUCCGUCUUGCCUUCAGUGAUCUGGGAUUCAUUAGCCUGCUGACGCGGAAAGUCAUUCCGGUCCAGUUCAGUUUAAGAGGGAAACUCUUUGCAGACAGAGUCACACAUAUAACCAGGAAAGCUUUAUCUGAGUUUUAAGAAUACAGGAUUUGCACUGUAUGGCUGUCUGUGUUGUGAAUAUUUUGAUAGAUCUCUUUCUCUCCCCCCCCCCAUGCAUUAAUUCUGAUUUAAUGUUGAAAUGGAGAUGUUACAGCCAACGGUGCAAAUGUUUACAAAUAUCUUAUUUUUCAGCCUGGGCAGGACUCUGGAAUUUUAUCUGCGAGUAAAGAUCAAGUAGAAACUGAAUGCUAAAUCCAUAGUACACCCAUACACACCCCAGCGACGCAUCAUCUUUACAUUCCUGCAAUUCCCAGGCAUGCAUAGGUCGAUGGAUUUACAUUUUAAAUAUUUAAACGCAGCCUUGUUUUCCUGGGAGGGAGGGAAUGGUGCUCCCGACCCUUCAAAAGGAUGAGACAAAAUUGCUCAGCAAAAAAACACCCGUGGUUAAAAAUAACAGCCACGCCAUUCCUUCAAAACUAAUUUUAGGCUGAGUUGAUGUAAUCCCAUGUUUAGCCGUGAUUUAUUGAAUGAGCUACGAUGGGUUGGGUUGGCACAACAUGUUAAUCCCUAAACUAUUAUUUAUAGGCGCCCGUGGGUGUGUUUAUAUGAAUAAAACCAAA